GACAAGCUCAAAGCCGUCGAGUUGUUCCCCACGCCACUGUCGUGCCCGAGGACCAUGGGUAAACAUGGCGAGCGCAGCGUGACCACGCAGCUGAAGAUGGUGCUGCCUGGUUCCUCGGGGAAGCUGCGCAUCUCCGACGAGCUCGCGGAGUGCUUUGAUUCCGGAGACGGCGGCGCCGGGAUGACGGCCUUCCUCGUCAGCCCGUUUGGCACGGCGGUCUGGCGCGUCGAGGUCGGCCGGGACAGCGACGGCGCGUUCCUGGGUCGACGGUGGCCGGAGUUCGUGGAGGCCCACGGCAUCAGCGUCGGCUGGUUCUUGGUGCUCCGUCAUGAAGGCCGUGGCGUGCUCACAAUCAAGGCCUUCGACACCACCUACUUCAUCAAAGAGUUCGGCCAAACCCUAACCGUUCCGGGCCUUGGGGAAGCCCAGAUCAAAACUGGCCGUGCUCGUAAGCCGCAGUUCAUCGGGCCGCUUUGGCAUAAUUGGAUGCAAAAGAUGCCUAUCCCCGCCGAAUUUCUGAAACACGGAUUCAUUUCUGAUGAGGAGCUCAAGAGGCGGAUGGUCACUUUUGUGACCCCCUUCCGCGAGUUUUGGCAUAUCGAUCUGGAGAAGGAUGGGUCGAAUGUGUUCUUUGCAGGUGUCUGGUUAAAGUUUCUGGAGUCCCAAGGCGUCACAGAAGGUGAAGUUCUGUUGAUCAGGUAUCAAGGCAAUAUGAUCUUUACAAUCGAAGUGUUCGGGUUUACCGGAUGCCGGAGAAAUUUGAAGAAACAGGACAUCAGAUUUGAGCAAACUGGGAACAGUGAGGAGACAAAUUCGUCCCAGCAAACUGAGCAGAGUGAAGAGACAAAUUCGUCCCAGAAAACUGGGCAGACUGAAGAAGCAAAUUCGUCCCAGAAAACUGGGCGGACUGAAGAAAUGAUUACUCUUUCGUCCCAGAACACUGAACAGAAUGAAGAGGCAAAUCCGUCCCAGAAAAAUGCGCACUCAUCUAAAGAAGCGCAGAGCCAAAAGGAAGCACAUAUUUCCAGAAGGAAAAGGAAACGAAGUGAAGAAACAAGAAUUCCAAGAAGCUGCAGAAAUCCUCUUAACAAAAGAACAGAUUGUGAAUAUGAGACUGGGUCACAGCCUUGGAUAAGGAAGCAGCUCAACGCUAAGCUUCGAAACAAUAUUACUUUGCCAGGGAGCUUCUGUAAGAAGGUCGGAUUCACGGAAACAUGCAAGAUCACGCUCAAGUCCUCAGAGAAGAAGGGGUCAUGGGAAGUCCAUGGUUUAGUUUACGAAAAAAUAUGCCAAUGGAAACUUUCAGGUGGCUGGAAGAUGUUCUGCCGAGAUAACGGGCUCAAGGAAGGUGACGUGUGCACCUUCAAAGUCCUCAAAAGCAAGCUCUGGCAUGUUGACAUAGAUCGUUGCUAAGAUGGGACUUCAACCAGGUGCAGUAGUAAACCAGGUUCAGUAUGUGUCUACUGUGCCCAGUAGAAUUCAUAUUGGCACCAAAAGCUUCUCCGGCACUGGUUGUAGAUACUCUUGCUGUGUCGAUCUAUAUUUUGUAUGUGUUGGCUGCACUUUUAUGCGUUUAAACAGUUGCCUGUCGUAGUUACCAAGACUAUCAUGGUUCAUUUUGUUGUUCCAAGUUGUGUACUUUUCAUCUCAGAUUUUUUGUUAGCGUGCCAAGUGCUCGGGGUAGUUCCCUUGGGUGAUGGCCACUAAUUAAACAGGUGACGGUGGUCAUGCUUUGUGCCCUUCUACCUCGCUGAUA